ACGACCGCAUUUACCUCAUCCUCAUCGAUCGCCUUGUCUAUAAAAGACACCGCCCCGGAGACCACGAGUUCAUCCACCGGUCGACCUUUGGCAGCUUAGCUUACCCUAUCUUACACGGCAGAGGCAGGGGUUUGUUUGAUUGGUUGAUCGAUCGAUUGACGAGAUGAGCAGCAGCUCGUACGGGACGUCGUGGGCGGACCAGUGGGACUACGGCAGCGACCCGCCGCCGCCGUCGUCGUCGUCGGGGAAGAGGAGCGGCGGCGGAGGAGGAGGAGGAGGGAAGAAGGGUAUGGAGAAGACGAAGGCGGCGGCGGCGAGCGGGCUGAGGAAGGUGAAGGAGGGGACGGCGCAUGGGUUCCAGUGGAUCAAGGACAAGUACCAGCAGAAGAAGUCCGGUGGCAAGAAGCACGGCGACCAGCAGAGCUCGGAGAUCGCCGGCUACUGAUCGUUGAUACCACAUCAUAUCGUUGAUGAUGAUUUGAGGUGUUCUUGCGUGUAGAUAGGUCGAUCGGGGGUCAUUCUUUGGACCGAUCGAUAUAUGGACGUUAAUUUGUUCGUCUUUGUGUGUUAUUUGUAUAUAGGAGAUGAGAUUUACUCCGGUCCAACAAAAAGUAACUCGAGGUACCGAUACCUCACGGUACCAAAUUGUUUCCGAUCGUUGGAUCUAGCUGGGUGGGUUGGGCAUCGUUAGAUCCAACGAUCGGAAAUGAUUUUGUACCGCGAGGUACCGAUACCUCGAGAUACUUUUUGUUGGACCGAAGAAAAACUCAUAUAGGAGAUGGGUGCUCUUGUUCGUAGUUUGUUUGAUUCUGUUAUUUUUUUUCUCUUGUAGAUAUAAAAGAGAUUGGGAUUUGUUUCGCUGUGUCUUGUUUA